GUCAAUCAAUCCCAGUCACAUCUGGGAAAGGAUGAGUAGUAGGACAUUUGAGUCACAACGUUAUCCCAACAUUGAGUCAUCUACUAGGACAUGAGUGGGAUGACCCGGCUCUGUUUACACUCGGACCCCUUAUCUGCUACCGAAAGGAGGACCUUGAUCUGAUAAAUAUACCAUCAGGGGCCAGAGGCUCUUCAUUCUCCAACUGGACAACACCACAACUGGUGUGCCAAAGGCUAGCAACAUGGCUCCUUCACUUUUGUCCACAGCCACAGGCGUUCUUUUGCUAUUCUCCCUCUCCUCUGCAGUAAGUGUCAAAUUUCAAUGAACCUGUUUCAUUUCGACGUGUUCUCUCAUAAACAGUGUUCUGCAACAACAAGAGAUACAGUAGCAUCUACUCAGGUAACAGAAUGUGCUGUUUUGCUUCUGAUCCACAGCAAAUAAGGGGAGACUAUUCCGAGGAAUGCACACCAAGGGACGGAUUUGUAAGUAUGAUUGUACAUGGGAUGCACCGAUGUACUCUACACCGCUCGUUAAGUGGUGUGUGUACUGGAAGAAAUUCCCCAUCUUACUAUUUCAUCCUCUUUGUAUUGUAUGCUUAUUGACAUUGUUAUUUAGAUGGAUUUGUUGGUAAAUUAUAGUCCUCACAAGCAUAUGAUAUGUAGUUAAUGCUGGGGUAUUACAACCAAUUUAGUUGGUGCCUCUUCAAGAACACACAUAAAUAAACAUUUUCUAGUUUCUUUGAAUCCAAUGAAAUGUUCCAAUACUUACACAUCCACUGUCACAAUAUAACAAUAUAUUAUAAAUAUGCAUCACAAAUGUCACUCUAGUCCAUAUAAAGUGCACUACUUUUGACCAAAGCUCAAUGCACCCUGGUCAAAAGUAGUGAACUAUAAAGGGAAUGGGGUGUCAUUUGUGACACAGACACAUCUCUCACAUAGUGUUAAAAUUAAAGCAUCUGUGUUCUGUGCCUGUUGUAGGGCAAGUACUGCCCAACGACAUGUGGCGUGGCUGACUACCUCAACAAGUACAAGCCGGUGGUAGACAAGGACCUUGAUGAAAUGGAGGAUAUCCUGAAAAGAAUAACCAACCUUACCACAGGGGCCACAGAGAAAGUCACCUAUAUGAAGGAUUCGACAACACAACAUCAGAAGUCCGGUGCAGGUAAUUGACUUUUCUGUAUCUUGGGUUAUUUGACUUUUCUGUAUCUUGGGAUAUUUGACUUUUCUGUAUAUUGGGUUAUUUGACUUUUCUGUAUCUUGGGUUAUUUGACUUUUCUGUAUCUUGGGAUAUUUGACUUUUCUGUAUAUUGGGUUAUUUGUUAAACUAGCUAAUACAAAAUAAAAAUAAACACAAAAUAAACACUAUUAGAUGUGGUGGAGAAGUCAGUAGCAGAAAAGUCGAAACUUUAAAGAAAUACAUCAAUGAGGUACACUCUGCUUUUCAUUGCUAUGUGAUUUAUUUUGCAUCACUUCACAAACAGUUUGUCUAUAACCUUCAUCAAGGUUGUGUUCAAUAGGGAGAAACGUUUUGAAACAGAGUGAAUCCGGGAGGAACUGUCUGAACUCGUCCAAUAAGAGCACAUAUUUUUGUUUUCCUUUGUAAAAUGUUUUUCUACAGUUUGCCCUACUGAAGACACCCAGGUGUUAGGCUAAUUUUAAAUAACUAUAGACUCUGGUAAUUCAUGUAGGUUACUGUAACUGAAGCAGCUAUUUUGAUUGUUCCACAGACGUCCACUACAAAAGGUCAUCGAGCAUACUGGAUGAUGUCCUGCGCUUUGAGAAGACCAUCGUCUCUCAGGAGGAGCAAAUAUAGUAAGAAUCUAAUUUGGUCUCAAUUCACUUAGAAUUGGACUUGGAACUUCUCCUUAGGAGAGCAAUUCACUUCUGGAAUUGAUUGGCAUUUAGUUGGAAUUGACCCCGAAUGCUCGUAUGUCUCUCAGCGGCUAAAGCUGGUUGAAACCAGUCAAUGACAUCAACAAACAAUUAUUUGAACCAGUUUUUCCUGCUGGGAACGAAAUACCUGCUAAAAUUGGAAAUACCAGGACUAAGUAAGGGUACAAGUGUCAAAUGCUAUGUACUUCAAACACAUUGAUAGUCAAGUCAUACACCCACUGACCUACAAUAUAAAUCGCAAUCUAAGUUUAUGUCCAAAUCACCUGAGAAACAUUAUCAAUCUGUUCCCCUCUUUUUCUCAGUCAACUCCAAGGGACACUGGAAUCCAACAAGAAGAGGAUGUUAGACCUCAAACAGAUGUCCAUUCAGCUGGAUCAGAAAUGCAAAGAUCCCUGCAAGGAUACUGUGGAAAUCAAACCCACUACAGGGAAAGGUGAAAUCAACAACGUUCUGCAGGUCGUUCUCAUUUCAUCAGAGAGGUUGCUCAACCCUGCUCCUGGAGAAUUCACUCUACAUACCCGUCAUUUGUCCUUGUUGCUUGUUUAGUCAGAAGCGAGUCAAUGGCACAAUCAAUAUAGGCUGAGCAGAUUUGUCUCAAUCCAGUUAUUUGGAUGCACUUUAGGGAUGGUUAAUGAAUUAUUUUGUUUAUAUCAUAUGUUGGCAUUUAUAAGUGAUAUUCUUUAAGUAAGGGGUAUCAAUCCAGUUAUAUGAAUGCAUUUUUGAUUAGUUUAAUUAAUUAGUUUAUAGCAUUUCUUGGCAUUUAUAAGUGAUUCUUCCAUAAAUAGGUAUAGCUUUAAUUUAAAUGAUCAAAAAUGGCUGUUAAUAAAUACCACAGAGUGGAUCUUUACCAGGGACAAGGGACAAUAAUCAACAAUGAGCAAGAUCAUAAUCAACAUAAUCAACAUAAUCAACAUAAUCAACAUAAUCAGCAAGGUAAUAGUGCCAGAGCUCAUUUCCAUCUGUAGUCCCGGAACAGGCUAAAAACAGAAUCAAAAUACUACAAAACCAUUGGGUAUAGCGCAUUGUCCUAUGGGAACAGUAGUCCUUGUUAUUAACACAUAACAACAUGAUCAUGGCAUGUUGUUUUUUUUAUAUUAGAUUGCCAGGAUAUUGCCAACAAGGGUGCCAAAACCAGCGGUCUGUACUACGUGAAGCCACUGAAGGCUAAGGAGCAGUUCCUGGUCUACUGCGAGAUCGACAGCUUCGGCCGCGGCUUUACCGUCCUGCAGAGGGUACGUGUGUUCUUCCCUACACAUAGUAUAUUAAUUAUGGUUGGCCCAUGCAGGAUUCAAACCCCAACACCACCAUGCUCCAACCCACUGAGCCAUUGGAAGUUGGAACCAGGGUUGGGGACAAUUCUAUUUGAAUAAGUAAACAUUCCAAUUGGGAUUUAAGUUUUCGGAUUGACUAAAGUGAAAUGGUAUUGACCCAAACCUGAUUGGAACCACAUACUGUAUUAUUAUCAUAACCACCGUCCAACAUAUAUCUCCACAGAGACGUGAUGGCAGUGUGGACUUCAACAAGGACUGGGUCCAGUAUAAAGAGGGCUUCGGCUACCUGACCCCAGAUGACACCAGCGAGUUCUGGCUGGGCAAUGAGAAGAUGCACCUGCUCUCCACCCAGUCCACCAUCCCAUACGUGCUCAGGAUCGAGCUUACCGACUGGCAGGGCAACAAGAAGUAUGUACAACUAAAUUCGCUACUAAGGCUACUAUUAAUGCACAGUUAGGUUCUACAUUCCCCCUCCUGAAUAGAAAAUGAAUUAACUGGUGUUCAUAAUGUGGUGGGAACGGCUCGAAGUCUUAUCCCAUCAAGUAAAACUGGUUCCAAUGAUGUCACUCCAACCUGUUGUAAGGACGUUAUAAUGACAUCAUUGCAACCAACUUGACCCACUGGGAUGCUUACCAAUCCAAUUCUGUGGUGUCUAGGUUUCACGCAUUAGAAAUGCUAUAAAUACCAUAUUUCGCUAUUAUCAAUUCCCCCUCAAAGUUAUUGGGGGCUUGGCAUCAUUGGUCUUGCCUGUAUGACACAUUUACUCGCGCAAUUCUCUCCACUAAAUUAAUGAAAUAUUUAGGGGUGAAUCCUAACUUCAGCAAGGCAACUUUUCACUUAGUCAUUAAUAUCAAGAAGAGACUAAGUUGAAAUUCAACUUAAGUGGAAGUUAGGAUUCGCCCUUUAAUAUAUUUAGUGCUGAAAUAUUUAGUGCCAUUUAGUGCCAUUUUUAUGAGGAAUUGUGGAAAUAAGCAGCAGUAAGCCUUUUCUUUGGUGAGGUGUCAAACUUUCAAAUAACAUGUUUUUCCACACAAACCUCUGGACUUUAGUUUGCGGAAUAGAUUUUCUGGUGCCAAGUUACAUAGCUGAAAGAACUGACCUCCACAAUCAAAGCAAACAACGUAUUCUACUUUGUGACACUGGUUUUGGAGGCCAGUACUCAAGCCGUCAGGCUAAUAUGCUGCAUUUUAUAUGAAUACUUUGUGGCCUGUGUGGUCUAAUGCUUAGUGCCGCGGACCCCGGCACAUGCACCACAGUAGGCAUGGGUUCAAAUCCGACCCAAUGCCUUUCUGACCUGCACCGCUCCUACCUUUCUUGUCAUCUUCUCACUGGCUUAUUUAUUCAAUAAAACCACACGCAUAAAACCAAUUUAUAAAAAUAGCUAAUCAUUUUAUUUCUUUAGACAUGCUGACUACGCCAUGUUCAAAGUGGGUCCGGAAGUCGACAUGUACCGCCUGACCUACGCCUACUACUUCGGCGGUGAUGCGGGUGACGCGUUCGAAGGCUUUGACUUCGGAGAUGACCCCAGCGACAAGUUCUACACGUCCCACAACGGCAUGCAGUUUAGUACCAGCGACAAGGACAACGACAAGUUCCAGGGUAACUGUGCUAUGCAGGACGGCUCCGGUUGGUGGAUGAACCGAUGCCACGCCGCCCACCUCAACGGGAAAUACUACCAGGGUAAGGACACGCACAGGUGCACACUCUCACACUCUCGCUUUUCUUUUAACCCCUUUUUCUCCCCUAUUUCGUGAUAUCCAAUUGGUAGUUAGCGUUGUCCCAUCGCUGCAACUUCCGUAUGGACUUGGGAGAGGCGAAGGUCGAGAGCCAUGCGUCCUCCAAAACACGACCCUGCCAAGCCGCACUGCUUCUUGACACAAUGCUCACUUAAUCCGGAAGCCAGCCGCACCAAUGUGUCACAGGAAACACUGUACAACUGGCGACUGUGCUAGCGACCCAGGAGUCGCUAGAGCGCAAUGGGACAAGGACAUCCCGGCCGGCCAAACCCUCCCCUAACCCAGAUGACGCUGGGCCAAUUGUACGCCGCCUCAUGGGUCUCCCGGUCGCGGCCGGCUGCGACACAGCCCGGGAUCGAACCCGGGUCUGUAGUGACACCUCAAGCACUGCAAUGCCAUGCCUUAAACAGACCGGCCUCCUGAGUGGAGCAGCGGUCUUCCUUUUAAAGAACACUACUCUCCAAGUAACAUGAACCAUACAAGAGUUAUACAUUUAUGCAAAUCACUACCAACCUUUACGAAUGUCCGUUUUGGGGGUUCUCUGAAAUGUUUACUGUUAUCGUUCCAAGAAGGCCACAUUUACGAGUAGGCCCAACACUGUUAUUUUCAUACUUAUAACAAACCUUUGAUUGACACCUCUGUCUUUCGAUCUUUCCAUCCCUAGGUGGGAAAUACACGGAGAAGGACGCCGGCGAGUCAGGCUACGACAACGGCAUCAUCUGGGCCACGUGGCAGAGCCGCUGGUACUCAAUGAAGGAGACUACCAUGAAGAUCAUCCCCACCAAUAGGAUCGCGGCGGCGGACGGACAGCAGACCGGAGGGGUUAAACAGUUUGGAGGGCUGGGAGACAACUAAAACACAUAUUGCAAUAUCGUCUUAGCUAGAACUUUCUUGAAAUUUCCAGGCACAGAUUAAGCCAAGUCCUGGACUAAGAAGCACAUGGAGAAUCUCUAUUAAACAUGCAUUCCAGGAUUAAUCUAUGUCUGGGGAAAUGGCCCUCUGUCUUGUUGUAUCUUUGUUUUAUUGGUUCAAUCAAUUUCGUGUUUUGUCCUCUUGCCUAAAAUAUGAUCUAUGAUCAAAUCCCUGUUGUUGGAUCUUGGUAGAUUGGUUUGACUUCUUCUAUUUAGCACCUUCUGUUAGAACAAACUUGAUCUAGUGUCUAUGGAGUUUUAUUAGAUCUGGUUGGUUUGACCAAUGAAUAAAUGUUUUUCUAAAUGUAAGAUGUAUUUUGAGCUGGUUUUAGAUACCCCUGCCCCCACUACAUUAUCUAAGGUGCACGUGUAACUGAACCCGGGUGGUCUGAAUGCAAUAAGAUUGUGUAAGCCCUCUGAGCUAAAAGCCAAGGCAAUACCUCAGGGAGCUAACACAAGUCUUCAAGUCUCAGGCCAAGGCACUGAAUCACGUUGGUUACACAAGGGUCUAGCAUUUAAAAGACCAUGCCAAUUUCUUUAUUGUACUUUCCCUGAUAUCCAUUCCUGGUACCGCUUGUAACUGCGCAAAAUAUGAUACCCAUUUAUAUGACAUACAUUUUCUUUAGAAAUACAACAAGCAGGAUAUGAUAAGUUGCACAUAGGCAUCUGAUGAUAAAUUGCAGAAGCAUGGAAGUUGGUGGCGGCAUUGAAAUGCUUUUAAAGAAAAGGCACUGUGCUGGGAAGACAUAACUCAAUCAAUUCGUUCAACUAUUUUUAACUAUUCUAGAUAACGAUUUUUAGAAGCUAUUUUGAUACACUGGUCCCCUCGGGCCUUAUUGCUGAAAUAGAACAUCAUAAAGGACAUACCAGGAUUUUUUAUAAUUUAACUCUGUUUCUGUAUGUUUUUUCCAUACUGAACAUGACCCUGUUUUUGGUGGGCACUUUUGUCUUAGAGGGGAAAAAACACACCACAUACUCUCUUUAAUAGGGUAAAUUCCUACUUCACAUUCCAACCUAAUAGUGUUACUUUGUUUCCCGUUGACACAUCCUCUCAGAAUUCAACCCAGGCAUAAUCACCCCCC